AUGGUUCACACAUGCGUAGUGGCCGGUUGUCGGAACAGGAGGACUCCUGGGACCACACUGUCCUUCUACAGGUUUCCUCGCGACCCGGAGCGGAAGCAGCGCUGGAUCUCUGCCGUGAAUCGUGAAGGCUGGGUGCCAAACGAGGGCAGUAGACUCUGCAGCACACACUUUAUUUCGGGAAAACAAGUAAAAAAUCCUAGAUCCCCAGACUAUGUUCCUUCUGUUUUCACUUCAGCGCCACUGUCACCAAAUAUGAAGGAAGCAAGUUCCUGUGAAAUGUAUGAUAAACAAGAGGCACAAGUGGAGGCAGCCAAUGCUUUGCUCUUCUUGCAAGGACAAGGACGUUUCUUGGAGGACCAUGGCCAGACUAGGAGUCAAGAAGAACCAGAAAGUGUUUCUUCUUCAUUAAGCAGCUGUGAUGAAGAGGAUGAUAAGACUGAAGAUGAUGUAGAAGAAGGAAUCUCACUUACAAGUGUAAACCAAAUGGGAAGCCCAGUCAAAAACAUUCCCCCUGACUAUGAGUCCAGUCUUGAGGCUCUUAAGAAAGAGAACAUGGAGCUGAGGGAAUCGAUAGAAAAGAUGUCUCUCACUGAGGCGUCAUUCAGAAAUGAUCCAGAAAAGGUUCGCUUCUAUACGGGACUGCCAAACUACUUUGUGUUUGAGACGGUCAUGUUGCUUCUCAUUCCACAUAUGAAAGGAGACAAAAAUGCAAAACUUUCAAAAUUCCAGCAACUGCUCUUGACAUUAAUGCGACUCAGGCUUGAUCUUAAAAACCAAGACUUGGCCUAUCGUUUUGGGGUCAAGGUGGCCACCGUGACCAGGACUGUCCAUCGGAUUAUUAAUAUAAUGUUCACCACCCUCGUGCCCACUGCUGUUUUUUGGCCAUCCAGAGCGGAGCUCAGAAAAAACCUACCUGCAGCUUUACGUUGCACUUACCCAGACUGUGCAGUGAUCAUUGACUGCUUUAGGGUGUCUCUGGAAAAAGCUCUUAGUGUGGAUGUGAAUCAAGAGGUUGCAUCUACAGCACUGACUGUGCCAGCUCAGGCCACGGUGAAUGAGCUUAAAUAUGUGAUAGGUGUUGCUCCUCAAGGUGUUGUCAUGUUUGUCUCGAGGGGAUCACCAGGUCACGUCAGUGACAAAAAUCUUGUUGAAAGUUCAGGCCUCCUUUGUAAGGUAUUGCCCGGUGAUGUUGUGUUGGCUGAGCAUAACUUUGACAUUGAGGAAUUGGUGGGGGCUCGCAAAGCCGAACUCAAAAUCACUAGUAGAAAUUGCUAUGAAAAUUGCCAGAGUGGACAGGAUGGAGAAAAUGUCUUACUGGUUGGCACACUUUCAGAUAUAGUGAAUGUUCACAGGCAUGUUGGGAAGGUAAUAGACAUGGUCAAGAGGAGAUACUCUAUGUUGACUGGACCAGUUGAGAGUCCCUUUACGGUCAUAGACCGCACUUCCAAUGUGAGCACUUUUGAUAAGAUAGUGCAGGUUGCUUGUGCCUUGAAUAACCUGUGUAUUUCUGCUGCACCCCUGGAAUGAGCGCUCAUAUUUGCCACACUUUGCAACUUUUAUUUGUACAUUGGCUGAAUGCACCUUUAUUGUUUCCCUAUUUUAGCGGAAGACUUAUUGUUAAAAGAGGAUAUUAACCUUCUUAGAACAUUUAUGCAACCUAAGGACUAGUUUAUACCAAACAUAUUCAUCAGGCACAGUUCACUGGACAAUCUAGUGUUUUUACAGAAGGAACUCCCUUAGUUUCUAGGCUGACUUUGUUGAUGCUUCAGUUUGAUAGAGACAUUCCAUCCAUAGUUUAAUUUUAAUUUAGUAUUGUCGAGAGUGAAGCGUGUAUGCUGAGAAUUUAAAAUAUUCAAGGCACUAAAGAAAGCAUCUCUGUCGGAGACUGUUGUAUUUUGACAUUAGCUGCCCUUAAGUUCCAGUGCCUUUAUCCUUGUGAUGCCUAUACUAUUUUCUUUUUUUUUGCUUCUGUAUAGAUAUAUACUAUAUUUUUACAUUAACCCAACAGUACUUUGUUCUUUACUUCUGAUGUUGCCUUGUCACUUUACCGUGUAAUGUGUAAGUCUCACAAAGUUACAGUUUGGUAAUUUCAUUGCUAUGAGAUCAUUGUUGUGUUAAAUCAACAUUUAGUUAUGUAUACCAUGAUAUAUUCACUCUGAAUUUUGACCAUUGCACAUGUUUCAGCACUGUAUCCCUCAUAUCAUUUAACUGUGUGUUCCAUUUAACUAUGUUAUUGCUUAGGAAAGUGAUGUUUAUGUUGAAUUUCCAUUUCAAUCAUGUGUUCUAUGUGAAAAGUUCACCAACACGACUGUAAUCUAAUGUAGCACUCUGUUGUAUUUCAUGUAUGAAAAUAUCUCCAUAAAAGUUGAGUACUUCUAAUUGGAAAUG